CCUUUCCAGAGCUCCACACUGCUGACUCAGUGCCUUAUUCAGUCAUCUCGCUCCACGCUGCUGUAGCUGGACCCCUUUCCCUUCCAGCCUCUGAGCAUUUGCAUCCUCCACCAUGUCUAAAACAGCAAUCGCAUAUAAGGAGAAAAUGAAGGAGCUUUCUAUGCUGUCUCUGAUAUGUUCCUGCUUCUAUUCUGAACCACAUGCUGCCACGUUCUAUAACUAUGAUGACAUGCAAGUUAAACAAAUCAACAAGCGUGCCUCGGGUCAGUCCUUUGAGGUGAUCUUGAAGCCACCUUCUCCAGAAGCAGCACCAGCACUGGAUCGCCCCCUCUCUCCUCCAAAGAAGAAGGAUCUCUCUUUGGAUGAGAUCCAGAAGAAGCUUGAGGCUGCUGAAGACAGGAGGAAGUCCCAGGAGGCCCAGGUUCUUAAGCAGCUUGCAGAAAAGAGAGAGCACGAGCGAGAGGUCUUGCAAAAGGCUAUGGAAGAGAAUAAUAAUUUCAGCAGGACUGCAGAGGAAAAACUGAUCAUUAAGAUGGAACUGAACAAGGAAAACCGCGAGGCUCAUUUAGCUGCUCUUAUGGAACGUCUCCGCGAGAGGGAGAGGCAUGCCACAGAGGUCCGCAGGAACAAGGAACUUCGGGAGGAGAUCUCCGGCUGAGAGCUGAUGUCUGAUGCGUUUCAUCAUCCUGAACAAAGCCUUCCGCCCGUAUAUUCUGGAUAGUGAUACAUUAGUAUGGGUGUCAUAAGACAUGGUUUAAGAAAAAUCAAUAAGUCAAUUAAUAUAAUCAAAAUUUUAGUUUAAAAAAAAUACACAAAAGAAAGUGAACCAAUCAAUUUGCAAGAUGAUUUGCUUGAUGUGGAAACACAACUUGGGUCUUGUUUUGUAAAUACCAACUUUUUUGUUAACAAUGAAUCUGGCGUGAUACAAGCUGUUACAUAUCUUACUGCGUCCUGCAACAGGUUUUUUAUGUUGUCUCCUUUCACUGAUUUAACUUUGCUCUAUCUGUUCUUUGGAAGCUCUAUACUCAUCAGUUUAUAGAGAGAACCUAAGGAAUAUCAAGGUCAGAUAGUCAAUGGUGCUAGUGAUUUCUGCGUACACAUCAACCCAGAACUGUCAUGUUCUGUAUCCCACAACACACGCUGGCCUUGACCCUUCACACUCAAGCAACUUGGUCUGUUUUUUAUUUGUUCAAAUCCCGUUGAUCUGUGAGCAGGGCGUUGUACUGGUCUUUUUGAGGGGGGGGGGGAUUGUGCCAAGUAAGGUCAUUAAGAGCACCCAAGACCCUACAAAUUGGUUCCAGCUGUUAAAGUUAUUACCUAAGAAGGUUGCUGCCUGCUUAUUCUAAUCUUCAUUUGUGGUAUUUUCAUGUAUGUCAUUGUGAGCAAGCUGUGAUAAUAAAGAAUGGAGUUCUGUGAA